AGCGCUGCCGACUGGAGGGAUGUGACCCCGGAACAGGACGCCCUCCUACAACAACACACCAUUCAAACAGAGCAUAGAAGAAAGAAAAGCUGGACCAGGAGGGAGCCACAGGAGCAGCGGGGAUGAACCGCGAGGAGGCCCCGGGGAAGUCUCCUGAAGACAUGUACGUCCAACAGAAAGUGCGGGUCCUGCUCAUGCUCAAGAAAAUGGGAUCAAAUCUUACGCCCAGUGAAGAGGCUUUUCUCCGGAAUUACGCAGGUGUGGUCCACAGUCAGAUGAGCCAGCUACCACAGCACAACAUAGACCAGGGUGCGGAGGACGUGGUGAUGGCGUUCUCGCGGUCAGAGGCGGAGGACCGGCGACAGUGACCCUGGGCCCCCCUUUCCACCCCACUGCAUCCCCCCCCCUUCCUCCUCCUCCUCCUCCCCACCCCGCCGCACGUGAUCCACAGCAACUCCACAAACACGACACUGAUGAGCUCAGGAGGGGAGGGGCGCCCGGGAGGGACAGAAGAGGAGGGGAAGAGACACCGGGAGGCGGCUGCCUCGCUCCGCCCUCCCAGCCUCCUCCAUCCCCGACUCCUCUUCCUCCUCCUCAUACAAGCUGGCGCACCAUUACCUGAGAUGCACUCAGGUGCUUCGCUGCGGGUUGAAGCCUCAGCAACGAGGCGGUCGGCGAACACGCUCACAGAUCGUGUGGAUAUAUAUCAAAUGUAGGUUUUUUUUCUCUUUUCUUUUUGGUGGGUUGGUUUUAUUUGGUAUUAUUUUGUCCGUGUUGAGACUUUAGGCAGUGUUCCAUGUGUUCCAUGUGUUACAUGUGUUACAUGUGUUACAUGUGUUACAUGUGUUACAUGUUAUAUAUGCUGUGGUCACUGGAGGAAGUGACCAGUCGACGGCUGAUUGAAGCGAAAGAGAAAAAUAGUUUUGGUCAAGCAGCAAGUGUGAUGAUUCAUCGUGUAGGGGAGAGAUCUUUUAUUAUUUCUGCUUCCCCUGACGGGGCUGAACUUGUUUUUUUAUUUAGCUGUUGUGUUAUAAAGGCUUUUGUAUUGUGUCACACGAGGGGCCUCAUUUGUAAACAUUUGGUGUGUAUAAAUAGAGGCGGGGAAGAUGGGUUGGCCGUCUUCUACCCAGAUGGGCUGUUUCUGGAGAGCGCCGACGCGUCACUUCAACCUGCACGCUGAAUGCCAAGCAGUCAAAGAUAAUCCAAUGUAAUCACAACUCUUCGCAGACAAUUAAUUUAACGUUAUACCAAUUUCCGGCCUGUUUAUUUAUCAGCUGCUUGCGGCAUAAAAAGUCAGUCGUAGAACCCAGACGCGCUUCUUGUCUCUAAAUGGCCAAAAAGUAACUGACUGACUAAAGACCGCAUUUACAUUUUUAUAUAUUUGCAGUCUGACCUUUUGUUCAAGUACAAAUACGAGAAUGAUUUCCUGAUUGAUGUGAGCGGUAACACUCACAACUGGCCUGCUAUAAAUCAUUUGUGUUUGACUACAGGGGCGUAGCAGGAUCACAAGUCCAGUGACAAACUGCGUUACGGGAACGGUCUUUUCUCUCCGCGACUAAUCCUCACACGGUUAUAUAAAUGAGGCCCCCCCCCCCCCCCCCCCAUUGUUCUUCUGCUGCUGUGUUUGGCUCCGCAGGCUGUUGAGAGUGCAGCGACGCUUUUCUCUCGAGGAAGGUGCACACCGUUAAAGACACUAGCAGACGUAAUCACAUGAAACACAGGCGUAGACAUGCUCCCCUAACAAACACGGGUUUGGGGUUAUUGUGACAUGUAAAACCUUUUUUAUUGUACAGAUAGUUGGAAAAAAUAAUUGUGCCAAUUGUGUUUUUUUUGUGUUUUUGUUUUUUAAUCUGUAAAAUAACAACAUAAUGAUUUAAGAAAAUUGCGAAGAGACGAGACGCUGUAGUUGUAAUUUAUUGUUUACUGAAUGGACGUCCUCGAACACAUCAUUAAAGAUGGAGAAGCAGUAGAUAGUUCCAUGUCAUCAGCAGUGGCUCUUGGUUCACACUAAAUCACACUCUGGUAACUGUGACUAAACACGGGAAGCCAAACUAAGCGGUGUGCUAUGUCUGACUGUACUGUAUCUCUUGCACUAUUAUCAAAGGGAUAUUUGCAAAAAAAUGCAUUUUGAUAUUUAGGGCGGAGAUUUUAUGUUUGGUUCGAUGGAUAAAAGAAAACUUUGUAACCAUGUUUUUAUUCCUUCGGUGAUUUAAAAAAAAAAAGUAUCUUCAAUGUGUUAAUUGACUCAACUGGAAAAGCUCAAAUGAAUAUUUGUUAACAUCCAACGUGUUUUUCUAGCGUCAUAAUCAAUAUUUAAUGUAUUUUAAGUACAGUUUGUGAACUUGUAUAACUUUAAAUAAUUGUAACGUAAUGUUUUGAAGCCAAGCAUGUCUGCCCCGUGGUUUAUGGCGUUCACUCGAGUGGCGCCGAGGGUCUUUGAAUCCUCGGCACAUUGACCAUUGUUCGACGUUCUCGGCAUUUGUGGAAGCUUCUGGCUUUUAAAAAAAAUCAUUUUUUUAUAUGGGUAAAGUCUUAUACAUUUGUUGUUGUUGGCAAUAACUUCUGUUUGAAUGUCCUCCGUAAUCAUUGCGAUGUAAUCAGCCAACAGAUCUGUCACGCUGUACGACAACGACAUUUGUCUUUUUAUGUUUACGCUUGUUUUAAAACAUUCUUUAUUUGUCUAUGCAUUGUUUUUCUCUCUCUCUCUCUCUCUCUCUCUCUCUCUCUCUAUAAGGUGUCUUACUGUACAUUUUACCUGUCGGGUUGUUCUACGGCCUUCAUUCAAGUUGUGAGUGUGUGUGUGUGUGUGUGUGUGUGUGAGAUCAGCGUUAAACUUGCAACCGGUUUGAUCUUCCGCAUGCGGUUGCGUCUGACUCGUGUAUCUUUUUACUGUUAUGACCUGACGUUGCCUAAUUGUUCUUCUUUUGCGUUGCUUUUGUAUUUUAUUUUCCUCCGUCGACAUCGAUUAGUUGGUUUUGUUUUGUAUGGCUGCUGACCAUGUCUUGACUUAAUGCUUCCAAAUCCUAUACCAACUGAACCAUUAAAGAUAUUUUAAACGGU